AUGUCUUAUGCCAAACGGUGCAAACAUUUGAUAAUGGGCCUUGAAGAUAGUCGAUUGAAAGACUACAUUCUCAGCCACGAAAUCGAUCUUCGUGCUAGACGCUUUGGCGGUCCAUCUUAUGUGCAUACACCAACUGAAUCUGAAUUGCCGAUGCAAGGAUCUGAUUUUGGCUUACCCAGG